GGUAGGAACCACCUUAAAACCUCAGCCUGUUCAAAACCCAGCACUUAUUGCACAACCAAUAGAUCUGGAUGCACUUUUUUCCCAACUUCCUACUGAGAUCCAUAAAGAUGUUCUUAUACAAGCAGAAAAUGAGAUUGAUUUAAUGGAGGCCACAGAACCAUCUGAGAGCUGUGAGAAACCUAUUCCAACAGCAGAAGAUCUCUUGGAAUGUGUAGCUCAUGAGUGUCCUGAGCUUUUGAGAAAAGAUUUUGCCGACUUAUUUCCAUGGAGAGACGUAAUGCAAGGUAAUUUCACAGUGAUAACAGUAAGCCAGAAAACCAAAGAAGAUAUGUCCGGCUGGUCUAUGGAGGUUGAGGCAGAGAGAGAGGAAUUGUUAGAAAGUUUUAUCCUGGGAGCUACAGAGAUCUGUGAAGCUUUACAAAAGGCUGGAUACUGGGCAGAUUUUAUCGACCCAUCCAGUGGAAAACCAUUUAUGAGUCAGCACAACACAAAUUCAGUUUUGUUUGAGACUGAUGAGCGAUAUCAUAAACUUGGUUUUGAAAUAGAGGAUUUAGGAUGCUGUAAAGUGAUACGUCAUCAUAUCUGGGGUACCCACGCCUACAUAGGAUGUUUAUUUACCAACGCUCCUACAACUGAUCCAAUUUUACAAGUGAUGAGAAAACAAUGAUUUUGUUAUGUGUUAAUUAUGUGUUUUAGAUAUAUAUAUGUUUUACUUUUUAAAGUUAAAAACAUGUAGUGCAAAACUGUUUGUAUCACUUUAGUUGAAGACAUUUAUUGCUGGAAAGUGAAUGGGAAAAUAGGGGAUGCUUGUUGUUUGAUUUACCUCUUCUGCAAAAGACUGAAGAUAACUUGGGUAUAACCUGGAUUUGACCACAGGUUUUAAACCAGGUGUAUAUUAGUAGACUCAUUCUGUAUUUGUAAUAAGUUACUGUAUAAAAUAUAGACAAAAUGGUCCAUUCCAGAAGAUUUCCAAUAACUAUGAAAUUUUAUGGUGGCAGAUUUUAUAUCUUAUAUUGAAGAAUAUCACUUCUUUCUAAAUGAACUUUAAGUAUGUUUUGAAAAUGCAGAGCACAUUUAUUAUAAACCAGUUUAAAGAAGUAAUUUGGAUGAUGUACAUUUGUAUGUUAUCAAAAAGCCAGUUUUUAUAAUGUGCAAUUUUAUCAUUCGUAUAAACUAAAGGACAAUGCUUGUUCUGGUAACUUCAUAUUGUGUGAAUUAUGAAAAAAACUGUAUCUACAGCAGAUUUUAAAUACUCUUGUUUAUAGAAGUAGGCAAUAUGUUUAAAUAAAACUUUGUUGAUAUUU